GAUAAGCCCCAAGUCGUGCAAUUUGUUUUUUUAAUUUCAUGUUUGCAAUUUACCGGUGAGCGUUCGGCAAUCCAAAUUGAAUAUAUUCUAUUAAAGUUAAAUAAAGCGAAAUUACGAAUUUAAGUAGUUCAAGCUUAUUAACUCGUACCUAAAUCAUACCGGAUAACCAAUCAAGUUGCAAACGAAAAUGAAAGGCACAGAGAAUUUCCCAAUUUUGAAAAAUGACAAUCUUCUGCGUGCUGCGCGAGGGGAAGCUGUAGACCGUGUUCCCGUUUGGGUGAUGCGUCAAGCGGGACGUUAUUUACCUGAAUUCCAAGAAGUGCGGAAGCAACAUGAUUUCUUCACGAUUUGUCGUACACCCGAAUUGGCAUGUGAGGUGACAAUGCAGCCGCUGAGGCGUUUUGAUUUGGAUGCAUCAAUAAUUUUUUCUGAUAUUCUUGUAAUACCGCAAGCCUUAGGAAUGACAGUUGAAAUGCACCCGGGAGUGGGUCCUGUUUUCCCCGAACCGUUACAAAGCCCUGCAGACUUAGCUAAGCUCACGCCAGAAGGAGCAGUAGGAAGAUUGACAUAUGUUGGUGAUGCUAUUACUAUGAUGCGCCACAUGUUGGAUGGGCGUGUGCCACUUAUUGGUUUCACGGGUGCACCGUGGACUUUAAUGGGCUAUAUGAUUGAAGGUGGCGGCAGUAAAACAAUGGCCAAAUCUAAAGCUUGGCUGUCUGAUUACCCAGAUGAUUCUAAGAAACUACUAAGCAUGUUAACAGAGUCUAUUGUUGACUACCUAGAAAUGCAGGUGAAAGCAGGCGCACAGYUAUUACAAAUAUUUGAAUCUUCAGCGGAACAUUUACAGAAGGAAGAUUUUCUUAAAUGGUCAGUGCCUUAUAUUAAAGAAAUUCGUGACAAAUUAACACAGCGACUUCAACAGCAAUCGGUACCAGUAGUGCCUAUGACAAUUUUUGCAAAAGGUGGGGGGCAUUCGCUGAAGGAGCAAGCUGCCUUGGGGUAUGAUGUUAUAGGGUUGGAUUGGACGGUGGAUCCAAUUGAAGCACGAAAGGAGGUAGGGCCUAAUAUUACCCUUCAAGGAAAUCUCGAUCCCCAAGAUAUGUAUAAAACACCAGAGGAAGUUCGCGCACUAACCACUGAAAUGGUGCAAAAAUUCGGAAAGGAACGUUACAUUGCAAAUCUUGGUCAUGGUAUUACCCCUCAAACUCCUAUAGUAAGCAUGGAAACAYUGGUCGACGCUGUGCAUAAAGCACUGUAAACAUAUUAUGUACAUACAUAUUUACAUGAGAACAAACUAAUGGUAUUGUUAAUUUUUAUAAAGUGGAUUAUUGUUUCGCUAGAAUAAAA